AUGCAAUCUGAAGCUGGUCCAUCCAAGCGCCGUCCUAGGCCCUCGGACGAAGAUGAGGAUAUGGAUGCAACUACACCCCCGCGAAAGAAGACAGCGACGGCCCGCAAGAGUACAGGUGGGAAGCCCCCUAGGAGGAGCAGUACGUCGAAUUCAAAAUCUAAAUCAAAGCAACAGGAUGGCGACGACGACGAAGGCACCAAAAAGAAACGACGGUAUAGACCUGGAGUGCUCGCAUUGCGCGAAAUUAGACGUUACCAAAAGUCGACAGACCUGUUGAUAGCUAAACUGCCGUUCUCCCGUGUGGUCCGCGAGGUUGCACAGGACAUGACUACUCAAGCAGGCGGAGGCUACCCCGCCGGACUUCGAUGGCAGAGCUCGGCACUUUUGGCACUCCAAGAAGCAACUGAAGCCUACCUUGUACAUCUCUUUGAAGACACAAACCUGUGCGCAAUUCACGCCAAGCGUGUAACAAUCAUGCAAAGAGAUAUUCAACUCGCUCGACGAAUUAGAGGUCGGAUGUAA